CUGCCGCGUCGGCAGCCCAGGGUCGCGCCAGGCGGCAGCAGCUAAGGGGCAGGGGAGGCUGCGGCCACUGUAGUGGGGUCUGGCCCAUGGCGGCGACGGCGGUGGCUGCGGGGGCAGGGGCGGCGGCCGGGACCGAGUCUGCUGAGGGCCCCCCAGGCCCGGCGGCGGCGCUGGAGCUCUGGCUCAACAAAGCCACAGACCCAAGCGUGUCAGAACAGGAUUGGUCGGCUAUCCAGAACUUCUGUGAGCAGGUGAACACUGACCCCAAUGGCCCCACACAUGCGCCCUGGCUCCUGGCCCACAAGAUCCAGUCUCCACAAGAGAAGGAAGCUCUUUAUGCCCUGACGGUCCUGGAGACAUGUAUGAACCACUGUGGUGAGAAGUUCCACAAUGAGGUGGCCAAGUUCCGCUUCCUGAAUGAGCUGAUCAAAGUGUUGUCUCCCAAAUACUUAGGGGCCUGGGCCACAGAAAAAGUUAAAGGGAGAGUCAUCGAGAUCCUCUUUAGUUGGACAGUGUGGUUUCCAGAAGACAUCAAGAUCCGAGAUGCUUAUCAGAUGCUGAAGAAGCAAGGAAUCAUAAAACAAGACCCUAAGCUACCAGUGGACAAAAUCUUGCCCCCACCUUCUCCCUGGCCCAAGAGCUCCAUCUUCGAUGCUGACGAAGAGAAGUCCAAGCUUCUGACGAGACUUCUCAAGAGCAACCACCCUGAGGAUCUCCAGGCAGCAAACCGGCUCAUCAAGAAUCUGGUCAAGGAGGAACAAGAAAAAUCAGAGAAGGUGUCCAGAAGAGUGAGCGCGGUGGAGGAAGUGCGAAGCCACGUGAAGGUGCUGCAGGAGAUGCUGAGCACGUACCGCAGGCCAGGGCAGGCCCCGCCCGACCAGGAAGCCCUGCAGGUCGUGUAUGAAAGGUGUGAGAAGCUGCGGCCCACGCUGUUCCGCCUGGCGGGAGACACCACCGAUGACGACGACGCGCUGGCGGAGAUCCUCCAGGCAAAUGACCUCCUCACCCAGGGAGUUCUGCUGUACAAACAGGUGAUGGAGGGCCGUGUCACCUUUGGGAACACAGUGCCCAGCUCAGUGGGAGACGUGCCUGUCUCUAGAGUCUUUCAGAACCCAGCAGGCUGCAUGAAGAACUGCCCCCUGAUUGACUUGGAGGUGGACAGUGGGUCUGAACAGUCUUUGCUUCAUCAGGACCUGGCAGCCUUAGGGAUCAGUGAUGCUCCAGUUAUGAACAAGGUCGCCAGUCAGAACUGCUGCAAGGAAAAGAAGAACCUUGCUGCCAACACACCGCCAGGUGGCGGAGUCCAGAGCCCUUCCGCAGACAGGAACUUGCUGGAUCUGCUCUCACAGCCGUCUCCUGGUCCUCUGAAUUAUGUCCCACAGAAAAGUAUCCCCAAGGAAGUGCCACCAGGUACUAAGUCCUCUCCAGGUUGGUCCUGGGAGGCUGGCCCUUUGGCUCCUUCCCCGGCUUCCCAGAACACACCUCUGGCUCAGGUGUUUGUCCCUUUGGAGUCUGUGAAGCCCAGCAGCCUGCCUCCUAUUAUCGUGUAUGACCGGAACGGAUUCAGAAUUCUGCUCCACUUCUCCCAGACGGGGGCCCCUGGCCACCCAGAGGUGCAGGUGUUACUGCUGACCAUGAUGAGCACGGCCACCCAGCCAGUCUGGGACAUCAUGUUUCAAGUGGCUGUGCCAAAGUCAAUGAGAGUGAAGCUGCAGCCGGCCUCCAGCUCCAAGCUUCCUGCGUUCAGUCCUUUGGUGCCUCCAGCUGUGAUCUCUCAGAUGCUGCUGCUCGACAAUCCUCACAAAGAACCUAUCCGGUUGCGGUAUAAACUGACGUUCAACCAGGGUGGGCAGCCUUUCAGUGAAGUAGGAGAAGUAAAGGACUUUCCAGACCUGGCCGUCUUGGGAGCAGCAUAAUUUUUCGUGAGACAGACCCUUCAAGUCAAGCUUAGGCCACGUUCCUCUCACUGUCUAGUUGGAACCAGUCACGUGAUUUAGUGCAGAGUGCCAAAAACUGUCUCCUGACACAGGCUCUGAAUGCCACCUCUGCCCUAUUCUGCAGAGACUGUGUGUGCUGUCGGGGGCUGGGAGGAGGGAAGAGCGGGGCUGGGGUGGCAGUGUGGAAGCUGCCGGGCAUUUCUGAAGACCAUCUCUGCUGCAAUCAUCUGUUUCUGCAUGUCGUGGACACCGAUGUCCCUGCCUCAGGUUGGAGGUUUUAUAAGCCAAAGUUUUUUUCAUGUAUGUUAUCUUUUCAUUCAUCCACUCUGUGCCUUGUCAGCCUUUGAAAGUCUUGGUUGCUCCCAGACUGCUGUUCUCAGGGACCUUAAAAGGGACCUGGUUGGUCUUGGGGCAAAGAGUGUCUUCUGGGGACACUACUCUUCCAAGAAAGACCUUGUCUCCAUUUCAUUCGAGAAUGCUGCUUGCAUGUGUUCGGAAAGAUCUCUGAAAUGGAAUGCUUGUUGCACUGUUUCCAGCGAGGGGCUGCCGUGAGACCAGAAGACCACCUGGUGGGCCAAUCAUGUCCUUCACCACUGUGCCUUAGAAUCGCCCUUAGAUGGACCCUCUGAGGCAGAGGGAAAGCAGACCCCAGGCCUUAGGUUCCAUGGGUUGGGCAGCCUGUCUGGGCCCUUACUCAGGACCCUCAUCUCCAUCCUCAUCCUCUUUCUCCAUAAGCAUCUCCUCUGAGCUCUUUGAUUGUGACACCAGGUUAGUCAUAAAUCAUAGCUAGUGGCCAGCCCUUUCCUGUCAGCUUCACAAUCCAAGAUGGAGGACUGUGAUGCAGAUAGAUAUGGAAAGAGCUUAGGAAUGAAAGGCAUUGAAUAAAUCUUGAGUGGCCAUUCUGCCUUGCGGGAAGUUGAGGAAGUAGGAGUCCCAGAGCCAGUUGCGUUUAGAGCUGAGGGGCUGGAAGGGAACCGGCUUCCUGUUGAAGUAAGGAGAACAUGAAGGAUGGAGAGCCAGUGACCCCACGAAGACAAAACCCUGAAGACCUGAGCAGAGCUGGAGAUCUGUUCCAUUUAUAAGCUGAAGGAGAAAUUCAAGCAUAUAGUCAGGUGAUCCUUAGUGAGCAUCUACUGUUUGCUCUGAUCUUUGAUGUGCAUAUUUAACAAGUCCUGCUCAGCUAGACUCUGGGAAAAGGUGCCUGAGCCUGGCUGAGAUGUACCAGUGAAGGGCUGGGAGGGCCAAGAGGCGGCCUUCUGGGUGGCAGUCAACCUAGGAACCUGCAAGGCUGUUUGGAGCUUUUAAUCAUGAGAUCUGGUCUUGAUGUCUGCAUAUAGUUGGAAAUCUGCCAACAUUAAUUGGCGGAAAUGGCAGCUGUAAAGAUCCUCAAGGGAUGCUCAUUUGUAAGCAAAUGUGCAAACUCAUAAGACAGAGAAAUGAUGGGGAGAUUUCUUCAUUUGGCAUAAUUCAUAUGAGACUAAUCUUAACCCCCAAAUUAUUUUCAUGUUCCAGUGUCUUACAGAAAAGCUAUCACAUAAAGUUUUUAAAGGGUGCCCAUCAGGACGACAGUGUCUGCCUGUGAAGAACUUAGUCCACAUGGGUGAAUGAGACUGCACAUGAGAAGACAGGCUUUUUAUCCUGUAGUUUAGAGAUGAACUCAUGUGCAUCCCUGAAGAUCCUUCUCUUUUCCAGGAGAAAUGGUACUCUGCAUAGGUAGACUUGGAGAGAGGAUGGAUAGGAAGAGAGGACGAAGGUGGCUGACCUCGGGGGUCCCUGGUUCAUGCCGUGAGUUCCUCUAAUCACCAAAUUCAGUGAGUGCGUAGAGCCCGGCCUGCACCCUCUCGUUCCCUCACCCACCAGCGGCUGUCGUAGCCAGCACUGCUGUGGGCACUGCGGAUGGAUCAUCUGGUCCUCUGGAGAGAGACGAGUUCAUCCUGUGUCAGCUGGAGAACUGGCACUGAUGGCCAGUGCUGUCUCCUGUCCUCAUCUGUCUGGAAUCCUGCUUACCUUUAUUUCUUGACCUACCUCUGCCCCUUUAAUGUGCUUUCCCAGGGCUGGUCCUUCGGACUUUUCUGAGUCUACACACUGAGCCUGGCAACUAAGCCCCGCUAGACCACUAGGUGGAUCCUAACCCUCAUCUCAAGCUCCCUCUCCCUGCUGACAUCAGAUCCGAUUUGACUGUCAGUUGAGGUUCCGCCGGAGGCCCCCCUCUUGCUUAGAACAGAACCCCUCCUUCUCUCCCUGUUCCCUUAUGUGCUCUUUGACCCGAAGGCACCUGUCUGAGACUUCCUGGGUCCUGCAUUUGUGCUUCACGUACAUCCACUCGGUUUUGUCCCAUGUAGUCUGUUUCCCCUACAUUCACAUUUCCAUGCCUUAAUUUGGCUUUUCUUGUUUUGUUUUGAUACUGCAGUAGCCUCCCAGUUGUGAUUCAUACUUGCCACCACCAGAAUUCUCUAGCAAAUCAGAGCACUUGAUCUUAGGCUGAAAAAUUCUGAAUGGCUUCCUAAUGCCUGUAGGUGGGUAGGAACAAUCCAGGUUGCUUGUGUCGGCGUCCAGUGCCCUUCUGCAAGUUUGCUCCCUACUCUCCUGUCAUCACCUGCCAAGAAUAGAGCCCACAUGGCCCCGCAACAAUAAAGUUGUUCAAGCUCUUUGGUAAA